AUGCCAUUCUUCGGCACCAGCUCUUCAUCCGAUGGCGUCACCACCACUUAUCCGACCACUAGUUUCCAUAUAAUGGGAAUGGGAUUCAGUUUAAUACCCCACACGACCACCCCAUCGGAGGGCCAAUCAAAUGGCACGGAUUGGAGACAAUGGCCUCAGACAUCGACGUCUCACUCGACACCAUCGAGUGAUAGGUCGGCGCCGAUGCAGCCGUUGAUACCAUCGCUCACUCGGACUCCCAUUUACGACCACAAGUGGACGACCACUUCGAGCGCAUCCAACGACCCGUCGAUGGCGUCGACGACAGUGAUAGCGGUGACUGAGGGCAGGGGUCGCGCCAGAGAUGUCGUGGGAAUGGCAGCCAUCGAUCUCUACAACCCGGUGCUCGUGUUGAGUCAGUUCACCGAUAACUGCAACUACGAGUGCCUCCAAACCAAAUGCCAGGCCUUCCGUCCCCUCGAAGUCGUUGUUCCCAACUCUUUGAUGAGAGGAGACAACCGAUUGCUGGCGACUCUUCAGCAACACUUCCCGCAGACUCUCAUCAAACCAUUGGACAGAAAGCACUUCAAUGAAUGCAUCGUUUUCUCAACACUCGAAGGACUGGAACUGAUUCGCGAUCUCUGUUGCGAUGACUACAAGACAGUGGAAGUGGAGCUGAAGAACCAAUACUAUUGUCUGUCGUCGUGCGCGGCGCUCAUCAAAUACAUCGAGUCCUGUGAGCACAUCCUAUACGCCCACAAAUCGCUGCGAAUAGUGUUCGAGGGGUCCGACCAAACCAUUCUUUGUGUCACAAUAUCACCACAAAUGAUGCCAUUCUUCGGCACCAGCUCUUCAUCCGAUGGCGUCACCACCACUUAUCCGACCACUAGUUUCCAUAUAAUGGGAAUGGGAUUCAGUUUAAUACCCCACACGACCACCCCAUCGGAGGGCCAAUCAAAUGGCACGGAUUGGAGACAAUGGCCUCAGACAUCGACGUCUCACUCGACACCAUCGAGUGAUAGGUCGGCGCCGAUGCAGCCGUUGAUACCAUCGCUCACUCGGACUCCCAUUUACGACCACAAGUGGACGACCACUUCGAGCGCAUCCAACGACCCGUCGAUGGCGUCGACGACAGUGAUAGCGGUGACUGAGGGCAGGGGUCGCGCCAGAGAUGUCGUGGGAAUGGCAGCCAUCGAUCUCUACAACCCGGUGCUCGUGUUGAGUCAGUUCACCGAUAACUGCAACUACGAGUGCCUCCAAACCAAAUGCCAGGCCUUCCGUCCCCUCGAAGUCGUUGUUCCCAACUCUUUGAUGAGAGGAGACAACCGAUUGCUGGCGACUCUUAAGCAACACUUCCCGCAGACUCUCAUCAAACCAUUGGACAGAAAGCACUUCAAUGAAUGCAUCGUUUUCUCAACACUCGAAGGACUGGAACUGAUUCGCGAUCUCUGUUGCGAUGACUACAAGACAGUGGAAGUGGAGCUGAAGAACCAAUACUAUUGUCUGUCGUCGUGCGCGGCGCUCAUCAAAUACAUCGAGUCCUGUGAGCACAUCCUAUACGCCCACAAAUCGCUGCGAAUAGUGUUCGAGGGGUCCGACCAAACCAUGUCCAUCGACCCGACCACCGCUCAGCUCCUGGAGCUCAUCGUCAACCUCAACGACCCCAAGAGUACUCACACUCUGUUCGGAGUCCUCAACAAAACGAAAACCCGUUCCGGUUAUCGACUGUUGCGGACAAACCUCUUGCAGCCCUCGACUGAUAUGACACUCAUUGAGAAGCGCUUAGAUAUGAUCGAAGAGAUGAUUAGUUCGCAGACAAUGUUUCACAGUCUGGAGUCACUGUUGGCUCAGUUCACGGCCAUCGAAGUCGAGAGAGUGAUCUCCCAUUUGGUUCAGACCUCCAAAGUCGAGUCAUCCAAAUGUGCCGAACGUAAGAUUGAGUGCAUUAUUGUCAUCAAACAUAUGCUGACACUCAUCGAGCCAUUGGCCGAUACGCUAAGACUCUGCGAAUCGGAUGUCUUUGACGAGUUCAUUGAAAUGCUGACCGAUAAUAGGUUUGACUUAAUUCUGUGUGAAGUCAAUGAAGUGAUUGAGGAGUCGUGUAAAUACACGAAAGGCUCGCUGAAUAUGAAGCUCGAGAAGUGUCACGCAAUCAGAAAGCAUUUGAAUAGUCUUUUGGAUAUCGCUCGACAGACCUAUUCCGAGAACAUCGACGACAUCACUCUCAUUGUCGACAACUAUUGCACUGAAUACGAGUUGCCAUUGAAGGUGACCUACACUACCAACAGAGGCUUUCAUAUGCAGAUCGCCGGCAAAGAUGCGAAUCAAAUGCAAUUCUCUAUUCCGAGUCACUUCACGAGAAUCAGUUACAGCAAGAGUUCGGUGGCCUUCACCACACAGCAGAUCAUCGACAAGAAUAAUAGAAUCAAUUCUGCCAUCAAAGAGAUCUACUUAAUGAGCGACGCAAUAAUCAGUGAAUUGGUGGUCAAGAUUCGCGAACACAUCGUAUGUCUGUAUAAUCUGUCGGAAGUGCUGUCGAAAAUCGAUUUAGUGUUCGCAUUGGCCUACCAGUGCUCUGUUGGCAACUAUAUUCGACCCCAAUUUGGCCAGUAUUUGGGUGUCAAACAGGGCAGACAUCCGAUUCUCGAGAAAAUGCUAAACACCGCACCGGUGGCUAAUAAUUUUUUUAUGUCAGAGGACAAGAACUUUAUAGUGAUAACGGGUCCAAACAUGAGUGGAAAGUCUACUUUCCUAAAGCAAGUGGCCUUACAUCAAGUGAUGGCACAAAUCGGAUCAUACAUUCCCGCGGAGUCGGCGUCCUUCAGAUUAUGCGAUAAACUCUUCUCUAGGAUCGGCAAUAACAACGAAAUAGAGACCAAUUCCUCGACUUUCAUGGUUGAGAUGCGAGAGAUGAGUCAUAUUCUGCACAAUUGCACCGAUAGUUCGCUGAUAAUCAUCGACGAGUUGGGUCGCGGCACCAGUACUGAGGAGGGAGUGGGUCUCUGUUUCGCCAUUUCUGAGCAAUUGAUUCAAAGCAAAGCGUUGACUAUAUUUGCCACACAUUUCACUGAACUUACAAAACUCCAAGACUUUUAUCUCAAUGUUUCAAACUAUAAGUUUGGUGUCGAGCACUUGAAUCACGAGAUUAACAGGAGUUCCUAUACAUUCACUCACAUUCUCGAGCCCGGAGCCACUCAAGAAGUCUUAUAUGGCAUCCAAUUGGCUAACAUGACAGCACUGGACAAGAAUAUUGUGGGCAAUGCUAAGCUAAUUGCACAGCAAUUACAAAAUCUCAAUUUAUCAUUCAUAACUCGAGGCAGGGAUCCAAUAAAGAGAGCCAAAUAUAAGUUGACUUCAAUGUUGAAAAUGCUGUCAAAUGAUGAAUUCAUACCAAAUGUGCGAUCACUUACUGAUCUCAUCGAUGACUAUAAAGAUGAGGUUCAAAGCGAAUGCGAACACGACAUCCAAGACUUGCAAAAUGACUUCAUGGUCACUCUUAUGGUCCACUCUCUCCUCAGUCCUCUGUCUCUCGCUUUCCCUUUCUUUCGCCAAUUGCUUCCUCGUCUCCAUCUCUUCCUUCUGCUUAAUGUUGUCUUUUGUGGGGAAAUGUCUUCUCCGCUCUUCCCUCCACUUCUGGAUGUCUUCCUCCGACUCCAAUGA